AUGACUUGUCUGAAGAUACACCCGUCAGAUAUACUUUCUCUUCCGGUCAUAAUACUCUCGCUUGUUCUACCUGUCUCCAACAACGAUUCGAGUCCUGAUGACGGAAAAUGUGAGUUGAUAGGGACAUUUUCGCUCUUGACUCAGGCAUUUUUGGGUCUUCUUUGUCUUCUGUCGCUUAUAAUCAAACGUUCCUACGAGUAUCCCAUUAGGAGAACAUGGUCUGUGUGGUUUUUCGAUGUUUCCAAACAGUUGAUUGGUGCUUUAGGUGUUCACAUCUUCAAUGUUCUACUUUCUCUUAUCAAGCUGGGAGACCUAGGGGACGAAAUUGCUGAUAAACUGAAGCUUCCCAAAGUACCCAACUCUCCCGUCGUAGCUCCACCGGCCUCUGAAGGAUCAGACCCAUGCGAUUGGUACUUCCUCAACAUCGUUUUUGAUUGCACUGUAGGUGUUUUCAUCUUGUACCAUGUUUUCAAAGUAGUUACCAAAUUCUGUAAGUCGUAUUUGGGCAUUACUCAGAUCGAGUCUGGCCAGUAUGGACCGGAUGUGAAUCGGCCAUCAGUGCGGGCAUACUUGAAGCAGUUGCUGAUCUACUUCACUUCGUUGAUGAUUACCAAACUCAUUUUGUUUGUAGCUAUGGAAUGCUUUGAGACUCAAUUAUUGUGGAUUACGAAGCACAUUUUGCUUGUCUGGCUAGACGAGUAUCCCGACGAAUUUGAAAUCUUCAUUGUCAUGUUUGUGGUACCGAUUUUCAUGAACUGUUUGCAACUUGUGUUGAUUGACAACUUCAUCCGUAAUCAGGUCUGGCUGAGAGUCAACAAACGGAUGCAUGAAGAACAUCCAAACGACAGGGACGUACAAGUCCAACAACAGGAAAUAGCCGAACUCCUUCAAGAGGAACUCCUAGCUCAGGAGGAAAUCCAAAGCAAACAGAGUCUCCAGAUUCACGAAUGUGUAAAUAACAGCGAUAGUAGUGACAGCAGCCAUUCCACUUUGGUAGACAAGAAGCAGAAGAAUAGUUACGGAACCUUUGACGAGGUAUAA